CGAACUCUCGUCGGCGAUCCUAUAAAAUCCGCCCCGAGGAAAAUAAAUCGAUCAGCCGUGGAUCGUCCAAGCGAGACUGGUCGUACGACGGUCACGAAGACUCGGAAGUCGCGUCGUAAGAAACCCAGAAAUUCCGAGUCCAAGGCAAAGACCAUGGCGAACCAAUCCACCGAGCCUAGAAGAGAAGCACAGAAGACCGCAGCAGUAUCGGUGGCUAAUCAGUUGAACACUGCAUCGUUGCAAACUGCUCCAAGCGCUCCGAUGAGACCCAGGUCUCUUUACACUGCUCACACCUAUCACGCGCAAACCGACGAAUCCAAUUUUCAGCGGUACACAGAGUUCUCCAAGUACUUUGACUCGCCACCUGCAGACCAGUGGGGAACGGCUGCUGCAGCUGCAUUCUCCACAUCUGCAGCAAUAUGGCGCCAAUCUCGGAAUCCGAAACCUCUGGCAGCUCCAUAUUAUGCCACUGAAGAGGCCUGUGUUUACACUGAAAACUGGAGGGAGCACGAACCUGACGCAGGAGUUGGUGGAGCACUGGCUACUCCUCAUGGAACGAUUUCUCUUAGACUGCACAAUAGAAUCCGCGUUGACAUGACCAUCGACCGAGCUGUCAGAGUUAUCAAUUUUAAGAACAACAUCGUAUUAUCGUUGAGUGGAUCCGGGGCAGCUGCAGCACUUUUGCAUCCCAAUGGACGGAUCUACCAAUAUGGUUCGCGAGUUGAAAUCCUGGCCCAUGAUGCCCACGGGAACAAUAAGUAUGCCAAGAUGUGGUAUAAGGGUGUCAGCUUCACCUCGGAACAAUGUGCGCUGGUCUACCUGGUCGAUGCUGCAGGCACUAGGACCACUACGGAUUCCUUCUCCGACAUGAGUCAGGACUUUUCCUUGAGUGUCUUCUACUCGGAGUCGAGGCAUGGUGCUGCAUGCUUGCAAGAAGCCGCUGCUGCCUUAGGUGCUGCACAGUACUGGGUGACUGAUGAAGGAGUCGAGAACUGGAUUAUUAACAAUGUGCGGGUUUCCCAAACGCCGGACGGUCUGGUCAGGAUUGCGCGUAACAGCAACAAGUAUCAGUUACGUACCUCUCCGAGCAAUGGAACAGCAUCCUUAACGACACCGUUCCUUCACUGUACGGCUUCGCUGGGUCAGACUUCCCAUCUGUUCGUUCGUCGUGGCGAAAGGCGGAUGCAUUAUGACGGGACCAGUUUCAUUGUGCGCAACGCUGGUCACAGUGCAGGCUUCGACGAUGACAACCAGCUCAAAGUUUACUAACCUGAAUGGAAAUUUCAAUAGUUAUC